UGCUGCGUGACUAUUGUUUAAAUAGUACUGGAACUACUAUCAAAUUCACGCAUCAAAGCAUGUGCAAGCAUUCAAUGCAAUGGAUGGCGAGCUUGGAAAUGCCGUGGUUACGGACUUCCCAGACGUGACUAUCGUGUGUACUUUUGUCUUUUUAGCGAUGAAGUAACCGUUCUCUCGGGGAUAAGACUCAGGAUCCCUCACCCGCUCCCCGCAGCACUUACGCUCCAGACCGCUCACAGCUCCGUUGCCCAUCUCUGGUCACGCUCCACCGCCUCAACGCCCGUCUUGCAGCGAGUGCACCGCCCAGCCCCGCUGCCCAUCACAGCGACCGGCACCGCCCUCCCCAGCCCCUCCGGGCGGCGGCGCUUCCGCUCGGCGCAGCGCAAUGGCCGCGGCCGCCUUCUGCUCACCGUGCUCCGCGCUGCGGCCGGGCCUGGCCCCGCUGUGCCGAUGGCGGGCCCUGCCUCGCCUCGCGUCCCGCCGCGCCGGCAGCGUCCCCCGGAGCGCCGCCAGUGAUGAAGCAGCCAUUAUCUCAGGGACAAAGCUCGCUAAACAAGUCUUGAAGGAAGUUCAAAGGGAUGUGGAAUCAUGGAUAUCCUGUGGGAACAAGAGACCUCAUCUCACUGUCAUAUUAGUAGGAGACAACCCAGCUAGUCAUAUCUAUGUCAGAAAUAAGGUAAAAGCAGCUGCAGCUGUAGGAAUUUCUAGUGAGGUCAUACUGAAGCCUAAAUAUAUUUCUCAGGAAGAACUCUUGGAUAUGACAUUAAAACUCAACAAGGACUCAGCAGUUAGUGGUGUAUUAGUUCAGCUGCCUCUCCCAGACCAUAUAGAUGAGCGGACAGUUUGUAACGCUAUCGCACCUGAAAAGGAUGUGGAUGGAUUUCAUAUUAUCAACAUUGGACGUCUGUGUCUUGAUCAGCCAUCUGUAAUACCUGCCACUGCUGCUGCUGUCUGGGAAAUCAUAAAGCGGACAGGAAUACAAACAUUUGGGAAAAAUAUUGUUGUAGCUGGAAGAUCUAAGAAUGUUGGAAUGCCCAUUUCAAUGCUUCUGCAUACUGAUGGAGAGCAUGAAAGACCUGGAGGAGAUGCUACAGUGACCAUUGCACAUAGGCACACACCAAAGGAACAGCUCAAGAUCCAUACUCAACUUGCUGACAUUGUUAUAGUAGCUGCAGGUAUCCCGAAGUUGAUUACAACCGAUAUGGUCAAAGAAGGUGCAGCUGUGAUAGAUGUAGGCAUCAAUCAUAUCCACGAUCCUCUAACUGGAAAGACCAAAUUAGUUGGAGAUGUGGACUUCGAAGAAGUGAAGAAGAAGGCUGGCUUCAUCACUCCAGUGCCGGGAGGGGUGGGACCUAUGACUGUUGCAAUGCUUCUGAAGAACACGCUGAUAGUUGCUAAGAAGCUCAUUUACUAGAGGAAGUGGGCUGUCUCAAAAGAAGAAUGCAAGUUGUUCUAUUUAUUGUUAUACAAAACCUUUAUUUUUUACUAGAAAGAUAUUUAUUUCUACAUUGUAUUUAUUUUUUCAUGUAAACUAUAUUGAACUUGAUGGUUUACAAAAUGUUACAAUACUUUAUGUUACCUCCUGCUGACUUACUGUGAGCAACACUGAAUUGAAUGGUACAGACUUUGUUGGUACCAUGUUGUUUGUCAACUGUGUGCUUGGAAGUGAAGAACUAAACUUGAAUUCCAGAGCUUGAAUUAUGCUUGUAUAUUUUGAGAUGGGAUGCUAUAGGUGAGAUUAUUUAAGCAUUAGGUUCGCUCAUCUGUAUGAAAAGUAGGUUUCAACAUAGUGGAUAUCUAUUGACGAUGUGGAAUGUUCUGGGUGUAAUUUGAAGUUGGAAAACAUUUAGAUAACAGUGAUCCAGAGUCUGAAAGGAAUUAAAAGCUUAAAUUUGUUUCAGCUACCAGACAGUAGUGCUGGCGGUGAAUACAAAUGCUCAGUACACAUUUAAAGCUGUCCUGUAUACUUCAAUAUUGGCUAAACUCUCCUCUGAAAUGUAUGCAAGAUGUGUGCGUGAAGUACUUGCAGUUGUGAGGCCAGAAUUGUUUUCUUUCCAUGUCUGAAUUUGGUUGACAGUGUUUUCGUGCAUAAUGCCACAAAAAGGUUUUGAGUAGGUGUCAUGGUUGGAUUGGACUUGAGUUUGAUAGAAUGUCAUUAAAGCUGCUAUGUGUGUACUUUUUGUAUAAGAUGGAGGUGAAGAGGAAGAGAAAAUCAAAAGUUUACCUAUGGCAGAAAUGCUUGUAUUGGAAUUUAAGCCAUUUGUUUAUUCUCUUGUCUUCUGAAGCAACAUGAAGGGUUCUUAAUUCCUGGUACAAGGCUGAGCCCUACGAGUAUUUGUUGACAAUAUUUUGCUUCCUAGAGAGGACUAUGUGAGAUAAUAAUAUGCUUGCUGUAAAAGGAAAUAGAAAUCAUAAAAAUAAAUGGGAGAGGAAUGAUUAUCAGUGUGUUUCUGUACCCUAAACUUUGAGUUCCAAAGGUGGAUUCAGAAUAGUCUUGUGCAGUGUAAGAGUCAGAGAGUCAUGUUAUUGCUAGGAUGCCACUUUUAAUAUGCAUAUGUUGUAUUGACUUGAAGAGCCUACCCUGGUUCCCACUGAAGCCAGCGGGAGUCACUUUGGGCUGCUAUCUCCGUAUUUUUAUCUUGGUUGGGGUAACUUUAUUUUAAUCAAGAGCCUUUAGUGUUUGCCAGUAGAUUCAAGACCACUCAAAAAAGUAAGAAAACAAAAAGGUGUGCUAAAUACUACUUAUGUUUAUUUAAAAAAAAGAAGUACAUACCAAAAUAAAAAAAAAAAAAAGAAACGGAGCAUUGCUUCUGUGCUGCUUGUUUCUUCUGAUGCUCUUCCUGAGAGUUUUGCAUAUAUGCAUUUUUUGCAGAAUAGCUUGACAGAUCCAUUCCUAAGUGUAUGGAACCAAUGGUGCAGACACCAGCGUAUCUGUUCAAAAUGAGGGGUUAUGAGAAUGUUAGGAGUAUCCAGGUGCAGAUAAUGCUUGGAUCAUUCAAUCCAUCAUUGGCUCAGAUGGAAUAAAAUUUGCCCAUUCUGCUAACCUUUCUGUGAGAUACUUUGAUACAGUUUGGGUUGGAUUUUUCCUUUCUAUCUAAAGAGUGGAACAACAGCAGCCUUUUGCGUGUUCAUUCAUUACCUUUAUUUCACCUGUUUGUAUUGCUUUUCCAAAUCCGUGUUCAUUUACUUUGCUUUAGCUAAAAAUAGAGUCUGCAUUUUUGACGGAAUAACAACUUGAGGCAUUUUGCUUAUGUCACUGGAAUGAGUCUGCCUCUGUCAUAUCCUCCCAGCAGCUCAUAGUGCGUCCUCAGCUUUUUCUCUUUUCACCUCCCACGAGUGAGUUAGUAUGACAUAAAGCCAGCAGGACCAAGGUUUCGCUUAGUGGCAUGUUGUUUUCAGAGCUGUCAGACGCAUCUGUUCUCCAUUGCAACCUGCAGAAGGGUUAUGACUCCUAUUUCCAGCCUGCAAAGUGUGCGCAUGUGCCAGCAUCAGGCCAGGUGGGGACAGCCACAGCCUCAUCUGCUGCCCUCUUCUUGCCGCACCCACUGCACUGCCCAAUGACAGAGCCACUGCUCACAUUCACACUGGAUUAAACUCCCAUUGUGUAAAAGUAUGUUGAAAGGAAGCUCCCUGCUUAGGACUGAUAGCAAAGGUUCUGCAGGUAGCACAAACACCAGUCCUGGCAAGUGGGGAGUGCACAGGCUGCACUCGAUCAAUGUGCAGGCAUGCAGCCAUUCAGGAUACUGAAGGAAGGGAAAAGCCUCCUGGAAUGCAGCCCAUGAGCAUCAGAACACAUAAUUAAAGUGUGCAUAACCAGCUUGUGUUUUUCCCUGAGCUUAUGAAGUGGUUACGCUGAAUCCCAUACAUCACCAAAGAGCUUGGUGCAGAGGGAGAACUCAAGCUGACCGGAGUUGCUAGAGCAUCUGUCAUUAGGUUUUGGUUGAAGAAAAGAUUAAGUUUGAAAAGUUUUUUAUUUUCUGGAGCUCACAGUGGGGAAACUGAAACUUGGAGAGAACAUAGCAGCUCUCUUACGGUGAGAGUGAAGAGUUUUGAGGCUGUUGAUCUGUUCUUCCAUUAUUGAGCUGAGCCUUCCUGGUGAUCUGCGUGAUCUGCCCCAGUGCUACAUAACAACGUUGCAGUGGGAGCAGUCCUGCUUGUUCUUAGCUGCUUGUGACAAAAGAAUUGACAGCAUUUAGGGCUGUGGAGAGUGGUGUUAAGAAACGUGUAUAUCAGGUAUUAAAGACCUACAAAUACUUAAUGUAAAAAGCAUGAUCACUCUCACUGUGUGUCUGCACAGCUCCAGGUGGCCACCCUUGCACAGCUCCAGCUGCGAUCAAAGGCCUUUUGCUGGCAGUCACUGAUGGGGAAUAUCACCGUUAUCUGUCUGAUCACUUCUCAGUCUCAGCACGACUGUUCUCACCAUUCCUUUUCUGAAUGAGGAGGAGCUGAAUGCAGGAGGAACUGGAGCACAGCAGGGGCUGGACCCUGGCUCCUGGCAUCUGGAGCCACAGGCUGAACGCUGACCACCCCCUUUGGAAGUAAUGUAAGGCUUUAUCACCGAGGGACCAAAGAUCUCAUUUUUCACAAUAUUGUUUGUUUUGCAACCUUCUGGUUUUGCCGUAUAUCAUUGAUCUGCUCUGGCAGAUGCCAGGUCUCUCUAAAACUACAUCUCUGCAUGCACAACAAUGCCCACGGGUAAUAGGAAACUGGGGUUUCAAGAGAAAACCUGAUCCCAGUGCUAGAUAAUAGCAGUUUCCUAAAUAAAUGUGUGGUUGCCCUAAGGGCUGAGCUUGCUGCCAGACGCACCUUUUUUUGAUUGGUGAGAGCAGCAAAUGACGCUUCGUGGCGUAUAAGUGCAAGAGAAAACACAGCAGCACAGAUAAGUGGAGCCAACGAGCACCAGCAAAGGAGAGUUGCAAAGGUGCUAAAGCAACUGCUUGCCAUGGCAUUUGGAAUGCUCAUCUACAUUUUGCUGAAAGGUGGGUUUGGAGGGGCUUUUCCAUGUCGUGGUAUACCUGAGGAAGAGAUUAGUCUUUCUGAAAUAAGCUGUAGGGGUGGGAAUCGUGGCAGUGUGAAGCAGAUUUGUUUCACUUCUUUUUGAAACUGGACAAGGUUUUAAAGAUGGAAUGGAACCAAGGCCUGGCUAAAAGAAAUUUCUGUGUUAAAUAGGUACAACGUUAUUUGUAGUACAUUGCAGGUAUCUGUGCCAUAAGUUACAUAAAUAAUAGAAUGGAGAACAGAGUGGAUGUGCGUUUGGGGAUUCUGCAAAUGUUUGUUUUCCCUACAAUCAUAAUAGUAGCUCUGUAACAAAAGGAGGUUUGAGGCAAGAAUUUCCUAAACCGUGCAUUUCUGCAUUGCAUCAGAAGUGCAUGGAAUGAGUAAAUGUUAUCUGGAUGAAAUGAACCUUGAAUAGCCAUGCUGAGUUUUCUGUUUCAGUCAGCAUCUGUUUGCAUUACACAGCAAUGGGGGCACUGAGUGAGGACGCGGCUCUCACUGUUUCAUCCCUCAGCACAGAACUGUGGAAUAGCUGGACGAAAAACAACACUGAAGGUAUUUGUGCUUUGUUCUGUUUAUUAAUCACUGAGUAAAAGGAGAUAUUUUGAGGCUGUUUGGGAUAGAUUGCCUGCAAUUUUGAUGGUCAUUUUUAUUUUCAGUAAUACCUGGUUUCUGUCUGCCUUCAGUCUGAAUCUUUAUGCACUCAAGUGAGAAUGCAGCAAACCAACGUAAAGUGAUGCCACGUUCAUUGCUGUUACUCAGGAGUUUUUCUUUGUUGCAGUUUUGCUCUUGGCUAUCACAGCUUCUGCAGCCCUUCUCAGAGUGCUAGCUCUCUUUUCUCUUUCUAUUCUGACUGAAAUGUGAACUCAAGCUAUUUACCUGCCAACAUCUGAGCCCAGAGCACUGUGUUUAACCUGCCAGCUGCAUUCUUGAUGUUACUUCAGGUGCUAAUGAUGUCAUUGCUUUGGGGAGAGCCAUGCAAUCUGGACCUGAGGUUUUGGCAGGUCAGUAAAGGAGGAAAGGAUUUGAACUGUGAUACUCAUUAAUGUCUUUGUACUUUUAAAAGAACAUAUUGCAUACGAAUCAUCUUGUGCUAAUUUUAGGUCAUCUGUCGUGCAAGCUUUCUUAGCAGAUCCAUAUGCUGUUUAUUUUUUCUCAUAACAAGUCAAGCUGCUGAGCUCUGUUCUCUUCUUUUAUCUAGUUUCUCACAGUGGUACAGUUUUACAGAUACAUGUGCAUUCAUAUGUAUGCUAUAAAUGUUACACUAUUACUCUGUGUAAUAUAUAUACAGAUGCUCACACAUACACAUACACACACACAUAUAAAUAUACAGACUUACAGAAGUCAAGGUGCUGUUGAUUUUUUGAUAGCAGCAGUUUGACCUAGCAGUACAACACUUGCAUGCUGGCUUAGUGAUUUGUCUGUGAUAUGGUUCUUCCAGAGCAUACAGGAAUUUAAUGAACUAUGUAAUAUGUGUUGUUACUCCAGAAGUACCCAGUAGUAUUUCUAGAAAGCAGGAAUUAUAGGUCAGAUUUUAACAAAUAAGAGAUUUUUGUUUACAGGAGCACAACCAUGACUGCCAUUGUUCCAUGUGUAUUUAUGCUAGUUGCAGUUGUGCAAAUCAACUAGGUACCCAUGCUUGUAGUUAGAGAAUGUUUCCCUUGGAAACAUCAGGCAAGAAGAUGAGAAAGAAAUGCCAGAAGAAUCACCAAAGAAAUUGAAUUCCUGGGUAGGACUCACUGGAGGAGCUGGCAGUUUUCUGUGGGAGGUUCAUUUCUGCUCAAGGAAGAACAAAAUCUAUUUGCAUCCCUCCUACAAGAUCAUGUCCUGUUUCCUUAUUUUAUACCUCACAUGGGCCUGUGUAGCUGUGCCAGGGCUAGGAAACGUUAGGCUCCAUGAUCACAGAAUCAUAGAAUCACCAAGGUUGCUAAGGACCUCUAAGAUCAUCCAAUCUAACCAUUUAGCUAUCCCCAAUAGUUCCCACUAUACCGUGUCUCUCAGUACAACAUCUACCCUUUCCCUGAAGAUUCCCAGGGACAGUGCCUCAACCACCUCCCUGAGCAGCCCAUGCCAGCACUUCAGCACUCUUCUGGAGAAUAAAUUUUUCUUAACAUUCAACCUGCAUCUCCCGUGGUGCAGCUUGAGGCUGUUUCAUCUCGUCCUAUCGCUAGUUAUGCAGGAGAAAAGGCCAAUCCCCACCUCACCACAACCUCCUUUGAGGCAGUUGUAGAGAGCCAUAAGGAAUUUCCUGAGCCUCCUCUUCUCAGACAGAACAAUCCCAGUUCCCUUAGCUGUUCCCCAUAAGACUUUUGCACCAGACUCUGCACAACUGUUGCCCUUUUCUCAAUGUGCUCCAUGGCCUCGAUGUCUUUCUUGUAGUGAGGAGUCCAAAACAGAAUGGAGUACUCAAGGUUCAAGGUGGAUCAGACACAGGGGAAAACGAUGGUGGAGAGGAUGCUUGGCUGGGAGCUGACUAAGCAGGAAUAGAGAAUUUCAGGCACAGCUUCAGCUGAAGGGAGGUCUUUGUAGCCUUCCUCUAUGUGACUGUAGGGAAUGUUCCGACCCUGAAUCUGACUCAUUCCCUCCCCUUCUGAUGCUCUCAUUCUUCUCUGAGCACCAUAUUGAAGGCUGAGCUGUCGUGGCCUUGGUGGCUCGCUCUUCUUGUUGCCACUUGGUUUGUGUUGACGCGCCUUGGCUUUCAGGUACCUGCAGGUUUUAACUUCGUGUCAUAUCUUGCCAGGUGGAUCUGUUUGAGUGACUCAAUUGCAGGCAGCUGUCAGGUGCUUACACAGCAUGCUUGUCUGUCUUUCCUCACGGGACUUGAAAGGCACAUGUGUUUGUUCAACAGCUUGCUUAGUAUCGAGGUGGAUAACGUGAUAGGAGUUAGCAUCAUGCUAUGGGAUGGGUUAGAAAAUCUUUGUUUUUGAGACUCAUCAUUCUUUUGAAGGUCAUCAUUUGUACUUUUGCAAUGUCAGAAUAAUUAACACUUAGGAUUUGUUCGUGUACGCAUAGGAUCAGAUCUUGCAACCAAAACUGGACCAAGCUCUUGCUACUGACAACGAUGGAGGCUGUGGUCUGUGCAACAAAGUGUCUGUCUCCAGCACUUUCUAUUCAGGCUUCUGUUUUGGGCUGACCUUUGUUUCUAAGACAAUGUUAACCACCACGGUCCACAGGGGAAAGACGUUUUCCUGCUUACAGGAAGGCAGCUUUCCUCAGCAGUGGGUGGAUGGUAGGCUGCCAUCUCCUGGCAGAAGUGGUGUAAAUGAGGAUAUUGGGCUGAGGUCUCAGCAGAGGCACCUACACAUCCUACAUAUCUGACACUUGUAUUUGCACCUUUUCCAUUUUUUUCUUUAUGGCAGAGACCUAAGGGCAAUACUAUGACAAUGCAAUAAACAUCUUCUCAGAGCCAGGUGGAAGAGCAGCAGGGAUGGGCAGUGAAAGAUUUUACUUGAGGGUCAGGUUGAACUGCUUCAUACUGUGUGGUUUGGCCCUGUUGUGCUGGAAACUGAGGAGAGCCAUGAAUGAGUGUGAAUGGCUUGUUCCCUGAAGCUCUCGCUUGCAACAUCAUGAAAAUCAGCCCUUGCAGUUCUCCUCAGCAUGCUGCUCCUUGCAGACGUUCUUGCCAUGUGUUUUAUCUCGUACUUUCCCCAGCAAUGAGCAUCAUAUUCAUCAUACUGUCCUGUGGACUGAGUAGCAUCAUGAAUCUCUUCUCAUGAGAUCAGCCUCUCCUAAUCUACCUCUCCAAGGCCUGGUCCUCUCCUGAUUGUGCUCUUGGCCAGUGAGCCCAAUGUCUUGACUAGCAUCUCUAGAGUGUGUCUGCAGUGCUCCCAUGCCAACCAAAUGGGUACCAGAGCUCCGUAUUGGAGCUUGUGUGCCAUCACUGCUGGAGGCUCCCUCACAGAGAACAUGAUCUAGGAUCCUGAGUGUGUCUGCCCUGCAUGAGGCUUUCUGAGCAGGGACAGCAUGCUGGUUCCAGUAGAUGGGCACAGGCUAGCAGUUGUAGCGUUGUUACUUCAUUACUGUUACAGUGUGUAAUACAGAGAAUAGGGCAUAACCUUUGGCCCCUCCGUUAGCAUGUGUGUCAUUUUAUAACUGGUACAAAAAUGUGCAUCUGAGGUAUACCUUCUAGCACUGUUUCUAACUGUAGGUCUGCUUUAUCCCUAGCGUAAAGAUGACUUGUGAAUCUUUUUUUUCUUUUAAUCAUGCAAUUUUCUUAGCCAACAACAAUUUCAUUUUCAAAAGAAGUUGAUUUCUACCACUUCCACAGCUUUCCCUGGAAACAAGGAGCUAGUCCAUCUGUGCUUUUCCAAGAAGAUUUGAAUUGUCACUUGUUCUCUGUAAGUCUCUCCAAGUCAGGUUUCUCUCUCAGAUUUUAGAGGACACUAUUUUCAAAGCUUUGAUGUUCAAUUGGAUUAGUAGUGACAGCAUCAAACCUGUUUGAUAUCCAAACCAACUUCAUGGCUGAAGUUGUGAAGUGCCUCAGCAGGUCAUAGCGUAGAGCAGCUGUUUACCGUCACUUGCCAUGUUUGGGAUGCAGCAGCACAAAGGACAAAAAGUCACCAAGCUGAGUGCACAGUUCGAUCAUGGCUAAGGAAUGACUCAGAUUAGAGUUUGCUCAGGAAAUGGGGGAAUUGGUCUUACUGCUCCUGAAAAAUGUGUCUUGACAUCUCGAGUUGACCACAGAAGGGCUGGAGGCGUACAUAUCUGACAGUCUGUUCUUCAGUGUACCAUCUCUGAAGCUUGAUUCAGCACUUAGUCAGAAGGAGGGUUUCUGCUGUUGCCCCAUUGCUUCAUCGCUGAGCAGACCUUGUCACCUUCCUGCAUGAUGUUAUUUUGAUUGUGGUCAUCACAGAAACGUGGUGUUGGCAUAUGCUCAGUUAGGAAAUCGCCAUCAGUCAUCUCUAGGACAGUCCCCUGAAAUACUAAGACCCUCAAGUUUAAACACUGAGCAAUUGUGGCCCUGGCUUACUCUCACAUAGAAAGGCCACGUGGGGAGUGCUGAUUACUUAAAACCAUAACUGGACACUCUGCUAACAUAGAACCAUGGAGAACCAUUCAUCACUAAAUUGUAGCUGCAGCACUGAUAGACAGGAAUGCACUGAUUUGUCUUGGGAUUGGAAGAAAAAAAAUAAUUCAUUAUUUGAAUUCUAGCAGGGAAACAUACUGAGAAUAACUCUAUGCUGCCAUUGUAACCCCCGAUGUUUUGGGAUAUUUUUUUCUGAUGGAUUGCAUGUUGGAUAAUGCCAAUGUUAGCCAGGGUGAAUCUUCCAUAAUCAUUUUUAUACACACCCCUCAUUAGGAAUUAAUUUAUUAACAAUUUGUUCUUCCUCCAAAGCCAAAUUGAUAUGUUGCAGAAGUUUGUUCUGAUAAGCAUUGUGUGAACCAUCUUGAGAGACGCAUCACAGCAAACUUAAUAUAUUAAGUUUGUUUCUGCAGGAGAUGUCUGUUCAUCUUGAGUUGUGAAAAUGCUUACAAAUGCUUUCGUUUUUGUACUUUUUCUAGAUGUAACAUGGCUUUUUUCUGUGUUCACAGCAGAAUAUGCAGAGCAACCAAGGCUCCUGAAGCUCAUGCAGGCCUGUCUGGAGGAACACCACAGUUAUUGCAUAAAUGGGCUCUGUGCUUUCCACAACGAACUGAGGAAACCCAUAUGCAAGUAAAGAGCAUUGCUUUUAAGUACCCUUCUUAGAGAACUGCCAACAGUGGCACUGUUUCUUUGUCUGCCACAGGUUAUUGUAAUUUUCAGCAAAGCAAAACUUACAUGUGCCAGUGAAGUUUUUUCAGGCUUCAAAUUUGGCGAAGUCUGGAACGCUAUUGGGAUACCAAGGAAAGGGGAGGGAGAGGUGUUGACUUGAUGGUAUCUCACAUCAGAACUGUGAAGGGGCCAGGAUAUUAGAAGAUGUCAGCUGAAGCUCCAUCACUUCAUAGCUAUUUCCGUACCAAUCAGAACCAUGGUGUGCAUCUCUAAAGUACUGAACAACUUUGGAGAUCACAGGAGCUGAGAAUCAGCAGGGCACACAACUCUUUGUCCACACCCUCUGCUAUGAGGGUAUGUUUAGAUGGUAUUUGGUGCUGUGACUGCAGUACUGGAGCUAGCUUUAAACUAGAUGGACUGGGACAACUGGUAGUCUUGAGGAAGAGGCUCUGACCAAGCACCACAUUCAGCCCUUCCUCGUUCAGACUCAUUCUACAUGGUUUAAAACUACUUAAAACCAACAUGUAUUUCUGAAAUAGAGAGCAGAAGUUCUGAAUAGUUUUUACAUGGUGUAUCUUUAUUCUGCAGGUGCCUUGCAGGUUACAAUGGAGAGAGGUGUGAACAUUUAACACUGAAUUCCUAUGCGCAUAAUUCUUAUGAGCGCUACAUUGCUGUGGGAAUUGGCAUAGGAAUACUCACAAGUGGGAUACUUGCAAUCAUCUACUGCUACGUAAGAAAGAGGUAUGGGAAAUAUGUAACCUCAUUGCAUUGAUCUGAUUUAUGGGGGGAGGAGAACAGUGUUGUACAACAGCAUUGGGAGCACGUUCUUGUCACUGCUGUGUGAUCUUAAAGGCACCGAUGCUCAGUACUUCUGCUGUCUGUUCUGCCAGUUGUAUAGCACAGUACAAUUUUACUUAAAGUGGUUUUCACUGGGGCUUCUUCAGUGAGUUAAGCAAUUAGAUUGAGUUCUGUUCAAACUACUAUCGUUUCAAAUUUGUCUAAUGAAAAUGUUACCAAUGUCUUCUAUUUUAGAUGCAGGAAAUUGAAAUCUCCCUACAAAGUCUGCAUGGGAGAGACAGCGCUGUGAAGCCCUGGCAUCAAAAUGUUUACCAGUGUGUCUGUAAACAAGAGGCAGUUCUGUUUCGAGGGCCACUCCACGCAGUCUAGCAAUGCCCCAGCCUCGCUGAUGGGAUGAAAUAAAGAGAAUGACAGAGUGAGGGCAUGAAUGGAGCUCCUGCAGAACUGAUGGGCUCCAUUUGCUUCUGAAGAAAGACUUAAUGUUUUUAGACAAGGUUGCUAGAUGAGCGGGUCAGAACAGCGGAGAAUACUUGCAGCCUUCUCAACGUUCUCCUGUGCUUCAGAUUUGAUGAGGGGAGAAUUGAUUUCUUUCACCUAUUUUCAGUCAUUUCAAGCCCUACUGGAGUAUUCUGCUCUGCUCUUUUCUAUCUUUUUUUUUUCCUUCCCCUUUCUGCUCUGGAGGAGAAAGACCACCUGUUUCACAAUGGAACUGUAUUCUGAACAUCACAUGCUGAUGGGAAGCUGUCUGGAUUCUGCUGUCACACUGUUGACUGCCUUUCAAAAGGAACUGGACAUCUUUCUUCCAAUGGAUUAUUGAGUGCACUCACAACAAAGAACAGAACUCCUCCCAAACAUCAUAGGGUGGCUCAUUACAUUCCUGAAACUUAAAGCAAAACUUGCCUUGCUGCACUCUGAUUUCAGAGCAGGACUCUGGUUGCUACAGAAGUUGGAAUUAUGUUAUGAAAUUUGCUAGAGCUUUGCCAAGGAAGCAGAACAGCUUUACUACUUUCUCAUAUUACAUGCACAAUGUGAUCACUCAAAUAAGAAGGAAUGAAAUGAGCAUAGGGAUUUUAUUCCACCCCAGCCAGACAGGUAAUUUAUUAUCAGAUGCUUGUUUUGCUUCAUCUUUCCUACAGAGAAGUGCAAAGGCAAGAAGAGAAGAUUUUGUUCAAAGAGAAGGGAAGAAAAUUGGUUCCAAUGAUGCUGACACUAACUGUGAUUUCUCACUGUUAUUUGGAGUUGCCUGCCAAUGCUAAUGGGACUGGAGAUGGCUCCCAGAUACUUUUUUCAUUUCAGCUGUUGCACGUUGUAGGCACAUCUUCCAUGCUUAGUCAUCUACAAGGAAAAAACAGUUAGGUACCUUGGCAAUCUUUGUGAUUGUUAUGGAAUGAUACAGGCUCCUAAUUUAGAUGAAUUGCUGGGAAGUUUAAUUUCUUUGUUGCAUGAGUUUGUUUUUACCAAACGAUGAAUAUGAUUCCUUUAUUAAAACAAAAAACAACAACAACAACAAAACCAACUGAGUAUUUAUAAGACUACAGUGGUAGUGGUGAAAUGUAUAUGAAAGACUAGGUUUUA